UCGGAAUCAAUUGAACUCAGCUCAUUUGCAGGUCCUUCUUUCGUUCCAUUCUACGUAAUCCCCCCUUUUUCUCUCUUUUUCCCCCUCAAUCUUAGGGUUUGCCUCUCAUAUGCAUCAAUCACCUCAUUAUCAUUUGCUAAUUCCCAUUUCUCAGCUUCUGAUCAUCCCAUCCAAUUCAUCAUACCAUUCUUCAUUUUUGUUAUCUGGGUCGGUUUGAGUCCUAGAUCCUUAAUCGUUUGCGAUGGGGAAGGUGACUAUGGGUGUCGCGGUGGUAGGCUCGGCUGCAGUUUGUGCUGCCGCGGCUUUAAUUAUGCGCCACCGUAUGCGUAUUUCGAAUCGCUGUGUAACAGCCGCUGAUAUCCUCAAAGAAUUGGAAGAGAAAUGCGCUACCCCUGCUUCCAAGUUGAAGCAGAUAUCUGAUGCCAUGACUGUUGAGAUGCAUGCCGGACUCGCCUCUGAAGGUGGCAGCAAACUUAAGAUGCUCAUCAGCUACGUAGACAAUCUCCCCACUGGUGAAGAGCAAGGAGUGUUUUAUGCAUUAGAUCUUGGGGGGACAAAUUUCCGUGUUUUGCGAGUGCAGUUGACCGGAAAGUCUUCUAUUGAAUGUCAAGAGUUUGCUGAGGUGUCAAUUCCUCCUCAAUUGAUGGUUGGAGAUGCAGAAACACUUUUUGACUACAUUGCAGCAGAACUUGCUAAAUUUGUUGCUGAUGAAAGCGAGAAGUUUCAGCUUCUUGCGGGGAGGCAGAGGGAAUUAGGGUUCACUUUCUCUUUCCCUGUCAUGCAAUUAUCUAUUGAUUCAGGGACACUUAUUCGGUGGACAAAAGGCUUCUCCAUUGAGAAAAUGAUCGGUCAAGAUGUUGUUGCACAUUUGGCAGAAGCCAUGAAAAGACAAGGUGUCAAUAUGCGUGUUUCUGCACUGGUAAAUGAUACAGUUGGAACUUUGGCUGGGGGUAGAUAUGGAAACAAAGAUGUUGUUGCUGCAGUGAUCUUGGGUACCGGAAGUAAUGCUGCCUAUGUGGAACGAGCUCAGGCUAUACCAAAAUGGCAUGGCCCACCUCCCAAAACGGGAGAAAUGGUGAUCAACAUGGAGUGGGGUAACUUUAGGUCAUCGCAUCUUCCCUUAACUGAGUAUGAUAACAAGCUCGAUUCAGAGAGUUUGAACCCCGGGGAACAGAUAUUUGAAAAAAUGAUUUCGGGCAUGUAUCUUGGAGAAAUUCUUCGUAGAGUUUUAUUAAGGAUGGCUGAAGACGCUGCCCUUUUCGGUGACACUGUUCCCCCAAAGCUAAAAACUCAAUUUAUAUUGAGGACACCUGAAAUGUCCGCAAUGCAUCAUGACACAUCCCCCGAUCUCAAUGUGGUCGGCAGCAAAUUGAAAGACGUAUUCGACAUAUCCGAUACACCCCUCCCGACACGAAAGAUCGUGGUGGAGAUAUGCAACAUCAUGGCCACACGAGGUGCCCGGCUCGCGGCUGCCGGAAUUUUGGGGAUUCUGAAGAAAACCGGAAGAGACACCGUUAGAGACGGUGAUAUCCCGGACACGGUCGUAGCAAUGGACGGAGGGUUGUAUGAGCACUACACCGAAUACAGACACUGUCUCGAGAACACUUUGCAUGAAUUACUCGGAGACGAAGUCGGAAAACACGUUAAGCUUGUACUCUCCACCGAUGGAUCAGGAAUCGGUGCUGCUCUUCUCGCCGCCUCUCACUCCCAGUACGUCUAGGUAAUUGGAUCUCCAAGAAGAAGAAGAAGAAGGUAACGGAAUUCAGUAGGGUUCGUUGUUUGAUUACUUAUUAUAGUUGUGGCUCCGAUCCCGAAAACGUAGUGAUUGGAAAUUGUUGUUGAAAUUUCCCUCAUUUUAUUUAGAGAUAGAGAGAGCGAGAGAGAUUCGUAUUGGAACUACUUUAAUUUUAUGGUGAAAGUGUAUGAACUCUACUGAGACCCGGAUGUGGCAUUGCUUAAUGCUUAUGCUACACCCAAACCCUUUUUGGACUUAGUUUUGUGAUUCUUGUGUUUUGGAGCUCGUUAAUGGUUAAUAAAAAUUGGGAAAUUUGAAAUA